ACAAUUUAUGCAACUACUAUUAAGGUAUGGUUCCUUCCACGCGGCCGUCGCAUGCGGCAACCGUUGAAUCGAGUGGUUUCUUAGCUUCGUAUCGCGUCGCGAUUCAAGCUCGCGACUUGACUUUCAGUAUAAAGACAACUAUCUUUGGUGAAAGUCGUGAUGGAUCAUCUCACAAUGUACUUAUUACUAGAAGAAGAGGAGGAUGAAGAAAUAUUAUUACAAUUAGCUAAUCUAAAAAAUGGAAUUGCCCCUGUAAAUCCAAUAUUUAAACAAAGACGGGAUGAAAGAUGUUAUACUACAUUGAUAAAUCGGCAUCUGCAACAGGAUGAUGUAAAAUUUAGAGAAUAUUUCAGGUUCAAUAAAUCACAAUUUAAUUUUCUUAUCGACUUAAUAAAAGAAGAUAUAAAAACCGAGCCAUACAACAGAGUUCAGUAUCCCAUAACCCCAGAGGAACAAUUAGCCAUUACAUUAAGGUUUUUGGCAACUGGUGAGGCAUUACGUUCCUUAGCUUUCACGUUUCGAGUCUCCCAUAGUAGCAGAAUCAUAAAAAAGACAUUAUCAUCAUUAAGAAGACACCUUAUUUCAUUAUACAUUCCGCCAUCAUUAUAUGAAAAAAAACAAAAAGCUAAGGAAUUUUGUCAAAAAUGGAAUUUUCCUAAUUGCCUAGGAGCUGUCGACGGUAAGCACAUACGAAUUCGAUGUCCUUCACACAGUGGAUCUUUAUUUCAUAAUUAUAAAGACUUUUUUUCCAUUGUCUUGCUUGCUGUUGUCGACGCCAAUUAUAAAUUUAUUUUUAUUGAUGUUGGUUCAUAUGGAAAAGAAGGAGACAGUGGCAUCUUCGAUAAAUCAAAAAUUGGCCAACAAGUUAGGGAUGGUUCCAUUUUUCCACCUCCAAACAAGCUACCAAAUACUGAUCAGGUUCUUCCAUGUGUCUUGGUGGGCGAUGAAGCCUUCAGAUUAAGUACACAUAUGAUGAAACCGUUCCCUCGACGAGUAGCCAGCGCUGACGAUCGCAAAGCAAUUUUUAAUUACCGGCUUUCUAGGGCCCGACGUGUCUCGGAAAAUGCCUUUGGAUUGCUAAGUCAAAUUUUUCGAGUUUUUUAUACAAUGAUUAAUUUGAAUCCAUCAACAGUUGACGAUUUAAUUAUAGUGGCAUGUUGUUCACAUAACCUUCUUCGCGAUGCAUUCCUUGAAGGUUCCAAUAAACCGUUUUAUGAAAUUGACCAGGAGCUGCCACCACCCAGAAAUUUCGUUCCAUUUGCUAGGGGUGGUGGUUUUGCAGAUGGAGAUGGAUUUUACAUAAGAGAUCUGUUUAUGGAAUAUUUCAACAGUGGUCAGGGUAGCAUACCAUGGCAAAUUGGAUCGAUCAGAAGAACAGAUAGAAACUAAUGUUGUUUUACUUUAUAAUACAAUACACAUAUUUUUGAAUUCUA